AUGGGCAACAUCUGCGACUGCUUUGACUACCCAAUGACGCUGGAGACGCGAGACACUCGAGCCCUAAAAUCGUACGGCGAUCGGUGGCUCAGCAAUCUGCCCACCCUGAAACGGGGCCAGCUGAUGACGACGACGAAGAGGGGCCAGCGAAUACAGCGCUGCACUACCACCAUCGUCUGGACGGACUACGAGGUGGGCGUGCUGCAGCGCGAUCCAAACGCCACCCAGCAGAUGCGCCUGAUCAGCAGUACGCCCUUCCGUGACAUUGACCGCAUCCUCGACCACCUCUUCCUGACGGGGCUGGCCGGCGUCACCAGGGACAACCUGGUGGCCCACAACAUUAGCGUCAUCAUCAACGCCACUUUCGAGGUGCCGCUGCUGAUGCUGCCAGGACGCAUCUACUCGGUGCGGGUGCCGGUGGACGACGACCCCGAGGAUGAGAUCUACCCGUACCUGCACGACAUCACCGAUUUUAUGUUCCGCGCCGCCUACGAGGGCUUUCGCAUAGUGGUGCACUGUCUGGCGGGCGCCUCUCGCUCCACCACCAUCGUCCUCGCCUACCUGAUCAAGUACGGCAAGCUGACGCUGGAGGAGGCAUUCGACUAUGUCCACAGAGGCCGGCCCUGCGCUCGGCCGAAUAUGGCCUUCUUUAGUCAGCUGAUUCGCUUUGAGAAGGACGUCUACGGGACGGCCACGGUGAAGAUGCGCGAGUAUCCCGUCAGAGUUGGCGGCGGCAGUGGGCGG